UGGGAGAGAUCGGGAUUGGGAUGGCUUCAAUAUCAUAUUCUCCAGUGGGAACUUCAGCUUCAGAAUUUCUCCGGAGCUCAAGCAAUGGUGUCAAUGGCAUUCCUCUGAGAACUCUAGGGAGGGCGAGAUUUGGCAGCACGACCAGGAGGGAUUUGGCGGUGGCGGCGAAGAUUAGGAAGGUGAAGAAGCAGGACCAUCCAUGGCCAGAUGAUCCGGAUCCUAAUGUGAAAGGUGGGGUCCUAACCCAUCUCUCACAUUUCAAGCCCUUGCCAGAGAACCAGAAGCCGAAGCCCGUAACUUUGGAAUUCGAAAAGCGGCUUCUCAGUCUAGAGAAGAAAAUCACUGAUGUGCGGAAUAUGGCAAACAAAACUGGUCUGGACUUCAGUGAUCAGUUAUUUACAUUGGAGAGUAAUUAUCAGCAGGCUCUAAAGGAUUUAUAUACACAUCUAACUCCAAUACAGAGGGUGUCUAUUGCACGGCAUCCUAACAGGCCAACUUUCCUUGAUCAUGUGUUUAGCAUUACUGAAAAGUUUGUGGAGCUUCAUGGAGAUCGGAGUGGGUACAAUGAUCCUGCUAUUGUUACUGGUAUAGGAACCAUAGAUGGAAGGAGGUACAUGUUCAUGGGUCACCAAAAGGGUAGAAACACAAAAGAAAACAUCAGUCGGAACUUUGGGAUGCCUACUCCCCAUGGUUACCGGAAAGCUUUACGCAUGAUGAAUUAUGCAGAUCACCAUGGAUUUCCUAUAAUUACUUUCAUUGACACUCCGGGAGCUUAUGCAGACCUCAAAUCUGAAGAACUAGGACAAGGUGAAGCCAUUGCUCACAAUUUAAGGACCAUGUUUGGCCUGAAGGUACCCAUUGUUUCUAUUGUCAUCGGGGAAGGUGGUUCUGGUGGUGCCCUUGCCAUUGGUUGUGCUAAUAAAUUGAUAAUGCUUGAAAAUGCAGUUUUCUAUGUCGCCAGUCCAGAAGCGGCUGCAUCAAUCUUGUGGAAGAAUGCCAAAGCUGCUCCACAGGCAGCUGAGAAACUAAGGAUUACUGCUACUGAGUUGUUGAAGCUGCAGAUUGCAGAUGGUGUUGUCCCUGAGCCUCUUGGUGGAGCACAUGCAGAUCCAUCUUGGACCUCACAACAGAUAAAAUAUGCAAUUAAUGAAUCAAUGGAUGAGCUUAUGAAGAUGGACACAGAAGAGCUUCUGAAGCAUCGCAUGAAUAAGUUUCGAAAAAUCGGUAUGUUCCAAGAAGGACUCCCCGUAGAUUCUAAGAAGAAAGUCAACAUGAAAAUGAAAGAAGAACCCAUAGUGAGGACUUCCAGUCUAAAUAUAGAGGAUGAGGUCAAAAAACUUAUGCAGCAAAGAUUGAAUGCCAAAGAGUCCUCUGUGGAACUUCCAGAGUCAGCUCUAAAUGAGAUGAUAGAAAAACUGGAAAGAGAGGUUGACCGCGAAUACUCUGAGGCUGUUAAGGCCAUUGGUUUGAAGGACAGGCUCGUGAUGUUGCGACAGGAAUUUUCGAAACUAAAGUUGCAGGACCAACUCAUGCCUCUGGUCCUAAAGGACAAGAUUGAAAAGCUUAAGGAUGAGUUUGCCCACGGCGUCUCUGCAGCUCCUAAUUAUGAAACCUUGAAGUCUAGACUCGACAUGUUGAUGGAAUUAUCAAAAAUCAAGAUUGAUUCUGCAAAUAAAAAAAAGUAUGCCAGAUUAAAGCAGCAAGUCAAUAAGAAGUUUGUCGAAAUCAUGAAUCGGCCCGAUUUGAAAGAAAAAAACAGGGCACUGGAGGAUGAAAUUGAAAGUUCUGGGGUGUCUGCGGGUCAGGAUUUGGACCCUGAGCUGAAGGAGAAAAUUGUGCAGAGGAAGAAAGAGAUAGAGUUGGAAAUGGUUGAUGCUAUAAAAGCCCUGGGUUUGGAUGUUGCGGCUGUGAGGCCAAAAGCAAAGGAGAUCAGUGAACAGAUUCCAAUUGAUGUCAAAGUAAAGGAAAAAGAGCUGAAUGAAGAAAUUAAGGGAGAAAUUGAAAAUGUUAUCAAGUCAACAGAUGUGAAGGACAAGAUUGAGGCACUGAAGUUGGAGGUUGCAAAGGCAGGAAAGACACCUAAUGUGGCGUCCAAAAAUAGAAUUGCAGCUUUGGAGCAACAAAUUAAGGGAGGCCUUGUGGAGACCAUGAAUUCUUCAAACCUCAAAGAGAAGCAUGAAGAGCUCCAGGCAGAAAUUUCUAAAGCCAUCGAAUCUUUGGAAAACCAAAAUCCAAAAGAAGACGAUUCUACGUAUGAUGAAUAAGGAGUAGAGAUCAAUGUGGCUGCGAAUCGCACCUUUGCUUAAUGUGAGAUCAUCUGUUUUCAUUGUGUGUUUUGUGUCCCCUUUUUUCCCACCCAUGGUUUAUUAAUUCAUGUAUGUCUAGUGCCUUUUCUUGAAAUGAUCUGAAUGAUAAAUUGAGUGGGUAAAUGGGUUGUAUCUAGUUAAGAAGCAUGGGUGCGGUUAAAUUGUAGCCAUAUGGAU